AUGGAUAGACAAAGCUCAACGCCGGACCCCUCCCACAUCUCAGACCAGCAGACGGCCGAGGCUGCUGGGUUGCAUAACUAUCGUGAAGUGGUUCCAGGAUGGACCGACGAUCCCAGAGCUCUUUCGCAUUUCUUCUAUCCCGGUAGUCCAGAAUGGUACCUGGCCCGCCAAUAUGGAAUAAGGGAUGCUACAGUGGUAUUAGUCGGAACGAACCAGAGUGGUGAAAUGCAGUAUAUAAUCACGGCUAAUGGGCAUUAUUAUUGGGGCCACCUGAUGAUGGAUGAGAUCUUCGAAAUAAGUAGACCCACGACAUGGCCAAACAUUCGACGCGUAAUGGCAGAGAAGGGGGUGGGAAAGGUGGGGAUGAAGAAGCUUAAUGCUAUCGAGAUACCAGAGGACGAAGAUACGCUGGUGCCGGACGUUCCAGAGGGUGAAAAUUUGUAUGUUCCAUAUGGCCAAGACGCUCCUUCCAAGUCUGCCAGACCAGAAUGA